CCUUACACAGUGCUCCCAGGUCUCCCCCCUCUCCCCAGUGGCAGAUGACAGUCAGAACACAUACUCCAGCGACGUCGGGUUAAACUACCCAGUCCUAUGUAGACAUGCCACUCGCGGGGCUCCGAGAUGCAGCACCCCUGGACCUGUCUGGCAAAUGCAACUUCUCCAGCAUGAGGUGUCGAGGACAGUGUGUCGCCGGCAGCGACCGCGGGAGGACGGGUGCUGCUCCUGGUCUGACCUGCUCUGCUCCCCCUCGAGCUAUGGUGAAGAAGUUCUUCAAGAGGUGUGAGUGGGAGCUGCUGGCCCCCAUAGAGCAGACUCGUGCACACAACGUCUAUAAGAACUACAAGACGAUGCUCAAGUUAGGUAUGGAAACUAAGCCACCUGACUUUGUCCAGAGAUUCAUAGUUCGACAUCGGAGACGAAAUCUCCGGCGUCAAAGAAGAAAGUUGAAGGGCAAUAAGUCGGUUAAACAGAAAGCAAGAAAGACUCCAACUAAGGGAAACCGUGCCUCCAAGCGUAUUAUUGAGCAGAGCUCUAAUUAUCACAGUGCCUCAUCAGCCAGCUCCAGUCACACUAUGGAAGAGAAAUCUUCACCUCAAAUACUGGAAUCAUUAGUGUCGAGGAAGGAUGAAGGUAUCACAGCAAGGCUAUUAAAUGGCAAGAAUGGAAUGUGUGGAGAAACCUGCAACUGUGUGAUGGAGGACCAGAAUAUAAUUGUAAAAGGACCAUGUGAUGCUGACGAGUGUGAGGCUGAUCCGAGUAUUGAAGUGAAGUGUUGUCAGGAUGUGGUGAUAUCCGAACAAAAUUUCACAACUUGUGCAUGCAGGGCUGAGAAUGACUUGAGUUUCAGUGAUUGUAGAAUGGAGGACAACCAUGAUAAGCUGGAUUGUGCAGCAAGUUCCAUAGCAGCUUCAAGGUGUGUAGCUGAUAGUAAGAUGAUUAAAGAUUCUGAAGUGGAAAAUAGUCUUAGUGUGCUGAAUUCUAUUGAAAGUUUCACAAAGGCUCCUUUCAAGUGUUACGUUUGUGCAUGCUCGAUUUUAAAGGAAUGGAAUUCGAAUGCACAUUUAAAGAUUUGCAUGGAUGAGAAGCAUUUAGAAUGUGAAACGUGUGGGCAAAAGUUUUCAGGGUUCGGGGCCUUAUGCAAUCACUUUUCAUGUGCCGCUGCUGUUUAAACUGAAGAUAGAUAUAAGUGUUCCUUUUGUAAUCAUUCAUUUUUAUGAAAUAGCAGUCAGAAAAAUCACGAACACAUUCGUUGCCAAACUGAAAAGGUGCCAUGUUGUCACUGUGAACUAAACUUCUCAGAUAUGUUAGAUGACAUGCACGAAAGGUUCACUCACAGAAUGAACUUUUUAAAUGUUUUGUGUGGUGUAAAAUACUCUACCUCAAGCUAUUUACAAAGGCAUGUGAGAGAAGUUUAUAGAUUACUCUCUUCAGUUUUCAAUCUAUGGCCAUAAAUAUGCUACCAUAUUGGGCUUGGAGACAUGACUCGCUAUGGGAAGCCAUAGUUAUUAACGUGUUCAUAUUGCUUCUCGAGGUUCAGCAGAAGAACCCAUCUUGAUAGACAUCUUUCUCUUCGAUGAAUAGUUAAGUAGUUAAGCAGCAUCAGUGUUCAGAUUGCAAGAUGAAAUUUUUUUAUUUCAGUGAUCUCCAUAGGAACCAGGAUGUUUUUAACUCAGACCAUUCAAGUGUUCAGAAUGUUGGCUCACAUUAAAUAGCCAGGGGUGCUUGGACAGAAAUAAAAGAAUAUAUGCUGGAGAGGGUUGGAGGAGUAUGUUGUGUGGUGAAACUUUUAUGAUAAGAACAUUUAUAAAAUAAUUUGUGUACAGAUUCAUUCAGGAGACUCUGGAUAAUGCACGAGAUAGUGUGCAAGAUUUUUUUUACUUCGUAUAAUAGAAUUAAGAAGUUACAUGUACAAGCUCCAAGAAAAUAAAAUUUCUUAAUAAAACCCACCCUCUUGAAGCUCU